UUCUGCAGCAGCAUUCCACCGUGUGAGCGUAGCGAUUUCUCCCUCAAUAUAAUGGGUCAUCACUCCUCCCAACCCCACAAACCACAAAUCUUCAGCCCCACAUAACAAAUCACGCAAAGAUUCCCCUGCCAUCAUCACCAGAAUUUAGCGCCUCCUUCCCUCCUCCUCCCCACGACCAACAAAAUUUCACUCUUCUCCACCACGCACCUGACUCACACCCCCCCGCUGCUUUGACUUUGACUACCCAUCCUCACUCCCCCCUACUCCACUCUAAACCCUGCGCUAAACCUUGGCUAUCGAUGGGGAACUGCGCCGCCUACCGCCUUGCCGCCGGCGGGAGCGGCGACGGCGGGGACCCCGUGGCCGUGUGCCGCGACCGGAAGCGCCUCAUCAAGGCGGCGGCCGACCGCCGGUUCGCGCUGGCCGGCGCGCACGCCGCUUACGCGGCGGCUCUCCGUUCCGUCGCCGACGCACUCGACGUCUUCGUCGCGCGCCACACCGCGCCUGCGCCGAUCCUCAUCACGCUCCCCACCCCCAGCAGCUCGCCCUCGGCUUCCCCCAAGCCAACGCAGGUUCAAGUGCAGGGGCUUCCCUCUCUCGCCACGCCGCCGCCGCCGCCUCCGCAGGAGGGGGAGGAAGAAGAGGAGGCGCCGGCAUCACCGCCCGCCGAGGAAGAUGGGGACGGCGGCGUGCAGACGCCGGAGAUGGAGUGCCCGUACUACUACGCACCCCCGGCGGUGACGCCGCCACCGCCACCGCUCCCUGCGGCGUCGCCGGUCGGCGGCUGGGACUUCUUUAACCCGUUCUACGGGACGGAGGAGGUGGCUGCGGCCAUCAGCGACGAGGAGAUGCGAGCGGUCAGGGAGCGAGAGGGCAUCCCCGAACUGGAGGAGGCGGAGGAAGAGGAGGGGGCGAAGGCGGCGGCGGCGGCGGAAACCAAGCCCCCAAAGGCACAGCCCUCUCUUGGACUUGGAGUCUUGACGCCCCAAGAGGAGGCUAGAGAUGCGUGCGAGAUGGCGGGGAACAACGGCGGGCUGGAGGUGGCCGUGGCGCCGCAGGGGCGCGAGCUGCUCGCAGCGCUCAAGGAGGUGGAGGAGCUCUUCGCGGCCGCCGCCGAGGCAGGCAAGGAGGUGUCUGCCAUGCUCGAAGCAGCCACGCGCGUCCCCGACCUCAAAGAAAACUCGUCAAAAAUAAUCCACGCCAUCACAUGGCAUCGCUCUCCAUCAUCUGUAUCCUCAUCCUACAGGAGCGAGCUGGGAGCGAGCUCGAAUAGUUUGUCAUGGACAGACAAGAGUGAAACUAGGAGUGAUAUAUUCGAAGACUAUGGUGGAAUGAAGUCAGGAAGUCACUCACAGACUUUAGGGAGACUGUAUGCUUGGGAGAAGAAACUUUAUGAAGAAGUUAAGGUUAUAGAUCAAAUCCGACAAACCUAUGAGAAGAAAUGUGUUCAGCUGAGGAACCAAGAUGCCAAAGGUUCAGAGCUGCGUUGUGCUGAAAAAACCAGGACAACUGUUAGAGACCUGUACACAAGAAUCUGGGUUUCUCUACGAGCAGCGGAAUCCAUAUCUGAUAGAAUACAAAAGUUACGGGACGAGGAACUGCAGCCACAACUCGUCGAGCUGUUGCAGGGCUUUACAAAAUCUUGGAAAAUAAUGGUGGACUCGCAUGAAACCCAGAGGCAGAUUAUGUUCGAGGUGAAUUCAUUUACAUGCCCUGCUUAUGGCAAAUUCUGCAACGAUGCACAGCGUCAUGCAACUCUGAAGUUGGAGGUUGAGCUGAGGAACUGGAGAUCCUGCUUUACUAGCUAUUUCAAUGCUCAGAAAGCGUAUAUCGAGGCUCUUGAUGGCUGGCUAUCCAAGUUUGUUCUGACCGACACCAUCCGGUACUCGCGGGGGAUCUCGUCGAUUGCUCCAGAUAGAGCUGGUGCUCCAACUCUAGUUGUGAUGUGCCAUGACUGGUACACUACAAUGUCCAAGUUUCCGAGCAAGCGGGUCUCGUUCACCAUGAGGAAUUUUCUCAGGAGCGUGAGGGUGCUAUGGCUGAAGCAAGGAGAGGAGCAGCAGCAGAAAAGGAAGGUGGACAGCCUGGCAAAGGAGCUGGACAAGAAGCUGACCGCCUACAAAAGGGCAGAGAACAGGAUCAUAGGCACCAAGCUUCUGGAGCACAGUCCUGAGACAGACGCCAAGCAGCGCAUGGAGCACCUGUCGGAGAAGAAAGAGGUGCUGAACCUCCUAAAGAGGAGGAUCGAGGCAGAGAAAGGGAAGCAUCAUGCGUGCAUGCGGGACACGCACGACGUCACUCUCAACGGGUUCAAGAUCGGCCUCGCCAGCAUCUUCGAGUCGCUGGCUGAGUUCUCGAAGGAUUCGGUGAAGCUCUACGAAGACCUCCUAGGCCGAGCCCAUGGCAAGGAUUCAGAGAAGGCUCACAUAGUGGUGGAUGAUGGUAAUCUGCAUGUGUUAGGACCUAGCUAGCUGCAUUGGCCCAGUUUUUGGGCCCCUAGAAUCUUUGUCUGAUUUUAGCGUGUAGAGAGUACCAUGUUGUUUGGUUUGGUUGGUUGGUUGCUUGAAGGUAGUAGGGUCAUUCUUGUGGGCGACCUGCUGUGCUUGUAAUUAUCCUUUUAGCUUGAUAUCGGUGGGGAUUCGAUCUAUUGUGGUGC